AUAUAACAAGAAAGCAAAUCAAGGAGAAAGAGCUAACAAAAGCUAUAGAGAAAAAUUCAAAGGUGUGAACUGAAAGGAGCAGAAGUAGAAGAGGAAAAAUGGUGAGCUCAAGGGCUUUGUGUGCUUUGGGAACCCUAGCUUUACUCUUUCUCGCAUCGGUUUCGGCCGAUGAUGUCGUUGUGCUCACCGAGAGCAACUUUGAGAAGGAGGUCGGCCAAGAUCGCGCCGCCCUCGUUGAGUUCUACGCUCCCUGGUGUGGACAUUGUAAAAAGCUUGCACCGGAAUAUGAGAAGCUUGGCGCAAGUUUUAAGAAAGCAAAAUCUGUUCUAAUUGGAAAGGUGGACUGUGACGAGCACAAGACCGUUUGCAGUAAGUCUGGUGUUUCUGGAUAUCCCACACUCCAGUGGUUUCCAAAAGGGUCCCUUGAACCCAAAAAGUAUGAAGGCCCACGUACUGCAGAAGCUCUUGCAGAAUUUGUCAAUAAGGAAGGAGGGACCAAUGUGAAGAUAGCUUCAAUCCCAUCCAGUGUUGUGGUACUGACAUCGGAUAACUUUGAUGAAGUUGUCCUGAACAAUGAAAAAGAUGUUCUAGUGGAGUUCUAUGCACCAUGGUGCGGCCACUGCAAAUCCCUUGCUCCUAUUUAUGAGAAGUUUGCAUCAGCAUAUAAGUUGGAAGAAGAUGUAGUGGUUGCAAAUCUUGAUGCUGACAAAUACAAAGACUUGGCUGAAAAGUAUGGAAUAAGUGGGUUUCCAACAUUGAAAUUUUUCCCAAAAAGCAACAAGGCUGGUGAAGAUUAUGAUGGUGGCAGAGAUCUAGAUGAUUUUGUAAACUUUAUUAAUGAGAAAUGUGGCACUAAUAGAGAUGGAAAAGGACAACUUACUUCCAAAGCUGGCCUAGUUGAAUCUUUGGAUGACAAGGUGAAGGAGUUUGUGAAAGCCAGCAAUGAUGAGAAGAAGGCAAUCCUCGCAAAGAUAGAGGAGGAAGUUGAGAAGCUUAAGGGUUCCUCUGCAAGGUAUGGUAAGAUCUACUUGAAAGCUGCCAAAAGCAGUCUGGAGAAAGGUGCUGAUUAUGCCAAGAAGGAAAUUCAGCGUCUUGAGCGCAUGCUUGAAAAGCAGUCGAUCAGCCCAGCCAAGGCAGAUGAGUUCAUUCUCAAGAAGAACAUUCUAUCUUCCUAUGUCUCCUCUCAAUGAGUAGUCCGAACAUUAAUGAUCCCUUGAUCAUGCGUGGAGGUCUUUUAGUAUCUAGUUUCAGAAAUUUCUCAUCAGAUUCUUCUAAGCUUGAGAGUGUAAUGUUUCCCUUGUACCCUUCAUGCAAAUCUGUUACUAAUCUUUUUGUCUUUUCAAGUGGAGAUAUAAUGGAACUUAUUUUUUUGGAUUAACACGAGGACUGAUAUAGAUAUUAAAUCUUCUUUUAA